AUGCCGGUCGGCAGUCUGCUGCCUUUCAGUGUGUCCCCGCUGGGGACGGGGAGCGGAGUGGGGGCCGGACCGGGCGGAUUGGCCCCCGGAGGCGGAGUGUCUGGGCUGCACUGGUUGGGCCCCGCGGGACGGAAGCUCUCCGGAUUUCGGCUGACUGAGAAGUUCGUGCUCCUUCUAGUGUUCAGCGGCUUCAUCACCUUGUGUUUCGGGGCCAUCUUCUUCCUCCCCGACUCCCCCAAGCUGCUGAGUGGAGUGUUCUUCCAGCAGCCCCCGCAGCCUCCUCCGCAGCGCACCCCCUUUGGUACCGGGCUGCAGGAUGAAGAGGACGGGGGUCGCCUCGCCCGGAUCCGGGAGGAACAUGAGAGGGCGCUGCGGGAAGCCAAGGACACGCUGAACCGGCCGCCCGAGCAGAUCAAGGGGGAGAUCCAGGAGGAGAAGGACCGGCUGCGGGCGCAGGGCAGGGGCACGGCCGCGGGCAGGUUAAAUCCCCGGCCCUUCAAAGAGCCUGUCGGGGUGGUGGGCAAGGAGCCCGUGGAUCCUGAUGUCAAGCAGAAGCGGGACAAGAUCAAGGAGAUGAUGAAGUUUGCCUGGGAUAAUUAUAAGCGAUAUGCAUGGGGAUUAAAUGAACUGAAACCUAUUCAAAAACAAGGACAUUUAAGUAAUUUAUUUGGUAACAUCCAAGGUGCAACAAUUGUAGAUUCUCUUGAUACUUUGUUUGUCAUGGGAAUGAAGGAUGAAUUCAAGGAUGCUAAAGAAUGGGUGGACAAGAACCUAGAAUUCAAUGUGAAUGCUGAGGUGUCAGUUUUUGAAGUGAACAUUCGUUUUGUUGGUGGCCUUUUAUCUGCAUAUUACCUUUCUGGAGAAGAGAUCUUUAGAAGAAAAGCAGUGGAACUUGGAGAGAAACUGUUGCCUGCUUUCAAUACACCAACUGGAAUUCCUUGGGCGCUGUUAAACAUGAAGAGUGGCAUCGGUCGAAAUUGGCCAUGGGCAUCUGGAGGCAGCAGUAUCUUGGCUGAGUUUGGAACCCUGCACUUGGAGUUUGUACAUUUAAGUGAAGUAUCUGGAAAUCCAGUUUUUGCUGAAAAGGUGAUGAAUAUUCGAAAAGUGUUAAGUCGAUUGGAUAAACCUCAAGGGCUUUAUCCCAACUACCUGAAUCCCAGCAGUGGCCAAUGGGGACAGCACCAUGUAUCUGUAGGAGGACUAGGAGAUAGUUUCUAUGAGUAUUUGCUGAAGGCAUGGCUGAUGUCAGACAAGACUGAUGAGGACGCCAAGACGUUAUAUUACAGUGCCGUUCAGGCGAUUGAGACUCAUUUAAUGCGCAAGUCAAGCAAUGGCUUAACAUAUAUUGCCGAAUGGAAAGGAGGUCUUUUGGAGCAUAAAAUGGGACACUUGACGUGUUUUGCCGGUGGCAUGUUUGCCCUAGGUGCAGAUGGAGCACCAGGGGACAAAACGGGGCACCAUAUUGAACUGGCUGCAGAGAUUGCAAGGACCUGCCAUGAAUCCUAUGAUAGAACACCAAUGAAACUGGGACCUGAAGCAUUCAGGUUUGAUGGAGGUGUAGAAGCAAUUGCUACAAGACAAAAUGAGAAAUACUAUAUUUUACGACCUGAAGUGAUUGAAACCUAUAUGUACAUGUGGAGAUUUACACAUGAUCCAAAAUACCGACAGUGGGGCUGGGAAGCUGUUCAGGCAUUGGAAAAGUACUGCAGAGUGGAAGGCGGCUAUUCUGGCAUCCGGGAUGUUUAUGCUCCCCAUCCUGCUCAUGAUGAUGUGCAGCAAAGUUUUUACCUUGCGGAGACCCUCAAGUAUCUCUACUUAUUAUUUUCCGACGAUGAUCUUCUUCCAUUAGAACAUUGGAUUUUCAAUACUGAGGCACAUCCACUCCCCAUUAUCCAAAAGGCUGACAGAACGAUAGAAACCCUAGAGUAAUAAGAGACACGAAUUGCCUCAUAUACCGGAAAUUCACUGCAUUCCUGCAACAGUCCGAUCAGGACAGAGCACUCUUCUUCAUGUCUAUUAACCAUUUCUUUUUCUUCUGAAGUUGUGAAGCAACCUUUUUGCAGUCUGUCACGUUUACUUUAAGACUCCUGGGUGAUUCUAGAGCCGUUCCUUUGUGACCUAACCAGUUGCUGUGAAUUAAAAGCACCUUUCUUCUUGGACAUUCCAUUUAGAGUUAGACAACCAUCCUUGGCCAUAUAGAAUAGAACAGUCUGCACUUUUCUUUACCAACUCCUUUUUCCUUUCAUUUGACUGCAAAGAUCCUUCCUCCUCUGUGAGGAGAUUGUCUGCUUUAAGCUGUAAUAUUUUGCCAUGUUGCAAAAAGCCAUAAUGAUUAGUAUAAAGAGCGAUUUCUUUUCCUUUCCAGUUAUAUGUGAAUCUGAUUUGUCUCACGGAGGACAAAUUGUGUAACUGUGACAUCUUCCUCUUAUGCGGGUUUUCUUUGGUAAAAUAUUCCGAACUGUAAUUUCUAUAGAGAUGACUUUGUUCCAUGCAGACAUGACUAUUUUUUUUGGCAGUGGUCCAACUUUCUUGUUUUUUUGUUAUUAAUCUGUGUUAAAUUAAUAGCCAUCUAAUCUGUUCAAUGAAGCUGUUCUUAAAGUAUUUUGAUUAUAAGACUAGAUUAUAUAUAUAUCUGAUCUAUAGACAAUCCAGGUGUUGCAAAAUAAAAUGUUCAGAUUAUUUUCUUAGGGCAAACUGUCGCUUGUCCUUUCUAGUAGACUAUUUCAUGUGAUUUUUCACCGUUUGUAAACCAGGUUUAUGAGGUUAUGUUCUGGGGUGUUUUCGGAACACAUAUGUAUUGCAGAUUUGCCGAAUAUCUGGGUAAUUUCAUGACCACAUUCCAUGGACGAGUAUGUCCGCCUUACUGAAACCAAAUGUCUGUCUGUAUUAUGUUUUUAAGGGAAUUUUUCCCUUUCACUGACCGCUCAUUGGUGUCAUUGAAUCAGCUUCCGUGAUAUUGAUUUGCUUUAUAGAAUAAAAAGCAUUUGUUUCAGUCAUUGGGCUGGCAGAUGCUUCUACUGAAGCGGGGAAUAUUCACUUUCUCUAGUACAUGAAGGUAGCAGAGGCAAUAGAAGCUGUUAAAAAAAAAAAAACUAAACCACCAUAGUGUCCUAAAUACUGUAGAAGGGUAAGUGAAACUGGGUCACCAGGGAGUCAGGGAUAGUUGCCACAUUCUCACAA